UUCUUAUAUGCCUCCUUAAAUGCCCCGUUACACACUGGCUGCAGUGGCUUGAAGAUCGUGUAGACAUGCAAGACCAGAGCCACUAUCCACAUGCAAAGUGUAAGGCGAACAUUACCAGCAGCAAUUUGCUCAAAGAGUCCGUGCGUCAGGUUCCAUGCUGCGAGAAGCUGGAUCUCAGUCUCCUGAGCCUUUGUUUGAUGAUCCAGCGCCAGAGACGGGCGAUUACACUCGAAUCUUGGAGCGCUCGCAGGUGAACGGACGGCAUGGGGAAUUGUGGCUCGGAGACCUUGCGGGUUACGCAUGCCUCUAUCAGCGAGCGCGACCUCACCUCGGACUCGUUGCAACCAUCAUUUCUCGGCCGACUUUGGCAAGGAACGGCGCCCGCGCUCUCUUUGAAAAUCCAGAGUACCCUGCGGGUAUUCAAGAGUUCGUUGAGGUGGAUGACAAGGUUUUGAGUAAAACUGAUAUGAUGCAGGCAUUGUGGGGAAAGGAGCAUGGCAUAUUGGAACGCAUUCAUGAUGCAUUGGAGGGCGGCCAGGACGUGUUCGUUCAUUGUGAGCAGGGGGCAUCUCGGAGCGCAACCGUUGUGAUGGCUUACAUCAUGAAGUACCGGCAAGACAUUGGUAAAUAUAUUUGAGGAGGAUGGUGCGAGCUGGAGCCACACAGAAGCAAUCACAUGUGAAGCAGGCGCUGGCAGCACAAGGCUCAAACAAGCGUUGGCUGGGAUGGCAGACAAGGAUUUUGCAAAAGCCUUGUUCUACGUUCACAGCAAGCGCCCGCAAAUCGCACCGAACACGGCGUUUCUGGAACUUUUGAUGGAAAGGGAUUCGCUCACACCAGACCCCGAACAGAUGGAGCGCAUACAGAAUUGCUUGGGUAAGCAGAGCUUUUCGGGAGAUGCAGAAACGCAGGCGAUGUUUGACGUUGCUAAGAUUCUUCGCCUGAGGCAGUCUUGGUGACGAGGGGCGAUUCUUUUCGUGGCGGGUGUAUCAUGCUAUGAACGGUCAAUGUCGCUGGGAUGUAGCUUUCCGAGUGGUAUACUAUUGUCAAAGGCCUUCUCGUUAUUUGCAUGAUGUUUCCAUCGUGCCGAUGCCUCAAUUCACCCGUGAAUGAACUCAUCUGCUUGCUAAGUUCAGGGGUAUCUUGCGCUGUGUCUGGGCUGCGUUGUUCAGCUGAUGUAUCGCUCAUUACAUCUACAUAAUUCUGACGGCAGAAGCUUGCCCGCACAACGUCAUUGCCCGUGAUCCUUGGCCACGCCUACGUGAUGGAGUUGGCAGAUCGCAGUUGGGCUUGUGCAAUGGUUAUUUGGAGGCACGAGGGUGACGGCGACAUGAUAAGGUUUCCCCCAGUAGCCGUAUUGGUCGAUGUGUGGUUCGCAAUGUUGGGUUAUUGGGGUGUUUGUGGAUCCACAGCAAGUAAGCGAAUGUGGCACGCUUGGGUCAUCAAGCGAUGGGCGCACGAAUCCAGUCCAGAAGAUAUGUAUAGACGUUGCUCUCGAGUUUGUUGCACACUGCGUCGACUAAGCGACGAUGGCCCUGUCUGAGCUGUUGGGCACCUCGGCCGACCGUUUCAGGUUGGUCUGGAGCAUAUUAUUUGCGGACAAGUCAAUGUGGCGAUGGUGAACAGAUCGAUCUUGCGGCUUCUGUGGUGUCUUGUGUGCAGUACCGUGUCCUUGACUAAGCAAAACUUGUUUGUAUUUUCAUGGAGCCACGCCCAUAGUGAGAAACCUGAGGCAGCAGUGAAGAUCGAACACAUGCAUUGUAAUACGAAGACAGAUUGUGGCCGGGUCUUCGCAGCAAAAAAUAACAAUCGCGCAUGUCCAUGACCAUCUCAACGCGGCUGGAACGCAGGGGUAGCGAUCCCGACCAUUGUCAUUGCCGUGGGGUACAGUCAGUUAGCUAGUAGCUUGCGGGCGGACCAACUCGUGUAGAAGGCUAAUGAUUUCCACCGCUGUCCGCGCGUCUGCCUCAACUUGGGGAGGUCUCGGGGCCGAGUGUAAGUUCAGCGCCGCCGAAGGCUUCGAUGCAUUCGUGCACCUACCGCUUGAUAUCGUCUCCCACUUUUGUAGUCCAGUCACUUCGUAUUGGCCGAAUGCUGGGACGGUCAAUCCCUGCUCAAAUCAUUGGCCCCUACUGUGAGUAGGUUUUUUUUGCUGGUCAAAUGUUUGACUAGGUGGAUUUCGUCUGCGUUGGUUGAAGCUGUGGCUCCAACGCCCGCGCUAGGUACCA